CCACAACAAAAUCGCUUAAUCGCUUCGCGCCACCGUCCGCGCCAGCACGUCGUCGAGCGCAGUCGCUGCUGCUGCACGCGCGUUUCUUUCGAAAGAAAAAAAUACUCGUCGGUAUAUACUUACGUUCUAAACCGGUGACUGUACAUUAAUUCGUUCACGUUAUUGUGUGUAGUACCGUAUACAGUGCAGUGUAGUUUCCGAUGACGUAGUGACGGACAUUGCUUGUUUAUUCCUGUGUGAAAACUCGAGUGAGUGUUUUGUAUUGCAAUUGCAGUGAGAUUAUUGUGCUUUUCACUGCUGAGAGAUAGAGAUCGAGGAGGAGAGAGAGAGAGAGGAGACGUUUGCGAUCGCUCGUACGCGCACUGGACUCAAGAUAGACACGUCGCCGUACAUCCUUGCGAAACUUUGAUAUCCAGCAGCAGCUCUCCCAGACGUUUACCCCGACUUUCUAUGGAACAUCGGCAGAAGCUUCAGCAGCAUCAGCCGGCACGGCGCUAAAGAGGCGCCUCGCGCGCGGAGGCGGAAUUUCGCGGUGUUCUUAAUAAAUAAGCUGAUAAAACGGGACUCCUCGAGGAUAACGAGACUGCGCCGAGUCCCGAGACCGCGCACAACAUGGUGAGCGGAGGGAUGGCCGGGCAGCACUACUGCCUGCGCUGGAACAACUACCAGUCGAACAUGACGUCGGUGUUCCAUCAGCUCCUGCAGACCGAGGCCUUCGUCGACGUCACGCUGGCCUGCAACGAGGCCUCGCUCAAGGCGCACAAGGUGGUGCUGUCCGCGUGCAGCUCGUAUUUUCAGAAGCUCCUGCUGUCGAACCCCUGCAAGCAUCCGACCAUCAUCAUGCCCCAGGACGUCUGCUUCAACGACCUCAAAUUCAUUAUCGAGUUCGUCUACAGGGGUGAAAUCGACGUCUCUCAGGCAGAGCUUCAGUCUCUGCUGAAGACGGCCGACCAGCUGAAGAUCAAGGGUCUCUGCGAGGUGCCGGAGAGCAGGGAAGGCCCCUCGGUGAGCUUGAGCUCGCCUCCACGUGACUCCAGUACGCCCCGGCUGAACUUCGCCAAGCUCAAGAGGCAUCACCCGCGCUACAAGAGGCCGCGAACCAACUACGAGUCGGGCUCCAACGCUGCCCAGUCCAGAGCCAACACGGAGUCCUCGAAACACCACCGUCACCUGCAUCGCCACCACGACAGCACCAAGUACAAGGACGAGGACUUUGUCGAUAGCUACGUGCGCGACUCCAAUAAAGAGAAUCGGCGAGACUGGCCAGCUGAAGAUGACGAUUGCAUGGAGACGACAGCGACGAGCACAACAGCAGUAGUCCUGGACUCGUGCCAGCGAAGCAGUGGCAGCGCAGGAGGAGCUGGGGGAGACAACAAUAACAGCAGCGCCAGCGCUAACAACAACGCCGCCGCCGGAACCGCAGCCACCAACAACAACGGUGACAUGUUCUGUCACACAGGUCUCGGUCACUACGGCCACCAUCCAGACCCAGGCGAAGUAGACCUACCACCGGAGACACAGCCGACCCCACCAAGCGCGACGCUCGUUGGCACCACCAUCACUCACCUCAGGGAUCCGGAUCAUCACACCGCAGACAUCCAGAGCUGCGACAGUGUGAAGAUAAAGUUCGAGACGCUGCACACGAUGGAUUCGUCGGACACGAUCGACAUCGACAGCCACAUGUCCGACAGGGCGAGCGUCAGUUCGAAAAAUGCCGACGACAACAUGAUGAUGAUCACGCCAGAGCUGCUGGGACUCAUGCCCUCGGGCAGUUCGGUGCACUCGGACUCCGGUGAGAACAACUCGCGCACUCACUCGGGACAAUCGGGCUCGCAUCACCACGGCUCAAAGUCCUGGACGCAGGAGGACAUGGACGCGGCUCUCGAGGCGCUCAGGAACCACGACAUGAGCCUCACCAAAGCUUCCGCGACGUUCGGUAUACCUUCCACAACGCUAUGGCAGCGUGCCCAUCGACUCGGCAUCGAAACGCCGAAGAAAGACGGGCCCACCAAGUCCUGGAGCGACGAGAGUCUGAACAACGCUCUGGACGCGCUACGCACCGGCACGAUCUCCGCCAACAAGGCUUCCAAAGCUUUCGGAAUACCCUCGAGCACGCUCUACAAGAUCGCGAGGCGAGAGGGCAUCAGACUGGCUGCACCGUUUAACGCGAGCCCUACGACCUGGUCGCCAGCCGAUCUCGAUCGAGCUCUCGAGGCUAUUCGCUCCGGACAGACGAGUGUACAGAGGGCUGCCACGGAGUACGGCAUUCCUAGUGGUACGCUCUACGGCAGAUGCAAGAGGGAGGGCAUCGAGCUCAGCAGGAGCAACCCCACGCCCUGGAGCGAGGACGCAAUGACCGAGGCUCUCGAGUCCGUCAGGCUGGGCCACAUGAGCAUAAAUCAAGCGGCGAUCCACUACAAUCUUCCCUACUCGUCGCUGUACGGCCGCUUCAAGCGAGGAAAGUACGAGGAGCCGGUGGUGAACGAGAUGUCGCAGGACGGCUCCUCCCAACACUUCGUCCAUCAGAGCCCGACCCAGAACCACUCGUCCUCGCUUCCCGACCAAAUGCCGUACCAGGGCAGCUGAAACUUGCCUCUUUACUAGAUCGUCGCUUCGAGCCGGUGAUGGUCUAGUAAAAGAACAUCAUGCAAACGAACAACAAACGGAAACCGUCUCUCAUCUCUGGGUGGAACAAAGAGCAGAAGAAGCAGAAGACGUUGGAGCUGUGACUCGGUCAUUAUUAAUGUCGGAAUAGAGAGACGUGCGUUAUUAUCAAGGGCUACGAAACAGACUGAGCGAUCGUAAACGAGGCUAACUCGGCGAUCCCGCGCAGUAUUAUUAUAUACGAGACCGGAUGAAAAGAUGGUGAAAAUGUGCGUCGAUGUGUGAACGAAAAGAUGAUGUGUACAUUAUUUUUCGCGUCGACGAUAAGGAUCGUUUUUAUUUUCUCCUACUCAGUUUUUUCUUUUUAUUUGUAAUGGUUAUAUACUUUUAAAAGUUUCUUCCUUUGCGUUUCUUCAACUUCCAUGAAACGUAGUUCUUUAGCUUUUUAAAUUAUAAGAGUUAUUUAUACAAAGGGAGACAGAAACGAGCAAGUAGGCUGAAGUCGAGAGGCAUCAGGUGAAUGAAAGAAGUUUAGGACGAUGUAAGGCGGACAAUGUACAGACGGGCGAGAUACCCGUGAGAUUCGUAUUUUACAUAUAUAACUGCGCUGCCUAAGGAUUCCGAGGAUCCUUUUCCGUAAACGGAUAAUAAAAGAAGAAAAAAGCGAUCGGAAAAUUGGAAUUGCGAAGACAAACUAGUGUAACAAUGAAAAUAAACAAACUUCCACGUUUUCGUUAGCGUUCGUAGGCAUAAAGAUUUUUCAUCCGUUGUUUUUGUUUUUGCAAAAAACGAGACACGUGCAUUUUAAGCUUUAGUUACUAUCAUUAUCAUUUUAUUGUUUGCUACAAGCAGUAGGUAGUGAUACCUAUUUUUCGCGAUUGGUUCUAUAAGUGCUUAUGAAGUGGGAGGGGAGGCAAUUAUGUUUUUUUAGUUAUAUCGUAAGAUUUUAAAUUAUAAAAACUAGCGAAGCAAGAGAGAAUAAUGAAAGAACCAAAUAAAUCAUUUAAACGAUUUUGUUUCAUAUUUUCGUUUUCUAUGUUAAACAAAAAAAUGUAUUUACAUAAGUAUAAUCAAAGUGGAACAGUGCAAAAUACGUACUUUUAGAUAAUCUUGAUUUUAUAGUCGAAAAUCGUAAGAAAAAAGCGACAAAGAAACGAUUUUCGGAGGGACAAAAAGAUGAUUUUAUCGAAGAACAAAAGUUGAAAGAAAAAAUAAGACUAGAGCGUGAAUAAUGACGUGCAGUCUUACUUGUUCAGCGUAGAGUGGACUGAGUAGCGAAUAUGAUAAUUAUCAUGUAAUUGACUUCGUAGUAGGUAGGAAGAAGCCUGCUGAGGUUUUGAAACAAAAAUACGGCGUUUGCUGUGAAUUGGUUUUACUAAAAACUUUCUAUCUUCUGAUGCUCAGCAAACGCCUCACGCGAUAAACGUAAAGUAAAAAUCAUUUUAAAAAAUGAACACAAAAUACAUCACACGUAUUAUUAUCGCGCUCAUAGGUACUACUUCGCGUAAAAUCUACAUCAUACGGAAACUACAUCACAUGCAAAAAUAUAUGAAAAAA